CCAAAGCAUAAUACCGAAAGGUUGUUUUACGACAGUGUCGCAAAACAACCUUUCAUUCAGCAGUGUACUCCAUGGAAACGAGCUCGCCGACAGAGUUUAGUUUCCACACAUGGGGAGCCAACAGCUACGGUCAGCUGGGACAGGGACAUGUGGAGGACCAGUCCAGUCCCCGGCUCUCAGACACAGGCUCUGCUCUACAGAAGACGGCAGUCCGGGCUGUUAGUGGAGGUGGAGGUCACUCCGUGGUUGUUACCGAGGAUGCUGAGGUGUUUGUUUGUGGACAGAAUCACAAAGGCCAGCUGGGACUGGACCACAAUGCAGACAUCUUCACUUUUCAACUCUGCCACAGCCUGAGCCCGAGAGUCAUCAAAGUAGCCUGUGGUUGGGAUUUCACUCUUCUACUCACUGAUUGUGGCAGAGUUCUAACAUGUGGCUCCAAUGCAUUUGGACAACUGGGUGUUGGACAGGCAGUCACACACUCUUCAGAUCCACUGGCUGUGGCGAGUCUGAAGGAGCCAGUGGUGAGUGUAGCAGCAGGACUCAGACACUCACUGGCUACUUCUGACUCAGGCUGUGUAUAUCAAUGGGGAGUUGGCCUCUUCAGUCAUGCUAGGAGAGCACUCAAUGCACAACCUGUUGCAUCACACCUCAACUCCACAGUGCCCUUUCUGGUACCAGGUCUUGAUCAGAAGACCUCUCGCAUGGUGGCUGCAGGCUCCAUGCACUGUGUGUGCCUCACAGGAGAUGGGGAUUUGUUUCUAUGGGGAAGCAACAAGCAUGGCCAGCUGACCUGCCCAGAAUCUUUUGUGUCCUCCCACUCUUAUGAAACGCUCGCGGGGGGAGAGAAAGUUGUCAAUGUGUGGAGCGGGUGGACACACAUUGUUGCUCAAACAGAGACUGGGAGAGUGUUCACAUGGGGCAGAGGAGAUUAUGGACAGCUGGGUCGACUACUAUCAGAGAGUCAAAACCCGGAUCAGGAGUCAGUAGAUCCUUCAGCUGGAGUUAGAAACAAGAAGUCUUGCCUCCCUGCAGAAGUUAAAGCCCUCCAUAGAGCAACACAGAUUGCCUGUGGAUCAGAACAUAACCUCGCCAUUGUAGGGGGGAGUCUCCUCUCCUGGGGCUGGAACGAACACGGGAUGUGUGGAGACGGUUCACAGACCGACGUCCUUCAGCCACAGCUCCUUUCUGGGCUCAAACCUCUUCUUAUUGGCUGUGGAGCUGGACACUCUAUGGCAGUGUGCGCUGAGAUGACUGACUCAUGACGAAACUCUGCAACGAUUCUACUUCAGUAACAAUGAAACAUCAUGUCUCAGCAUGUUUGCACUCUGAUACAAAGAAAACAGCCUGGAUCUGUGAAUGUAAUAUAUGCAAUUGAUUUUGUGGCUUUACUUUAAGUGCCUUUGGAAAUAAUAUAACUUUCAUUUUCUAAUUGGCUACUUCAGCUCCUUGAAAGGGUCAAACUUCUUCCAGCUGCAGUGGUCAUAAAUGUAGCCAUGUGCUUGGACACAGGCUGAGUUAUGUCACACAGGAGGACAGAAGCCAUAAUUUCUCUGGCCAGCUCAUCACUUUGAUGGACAUGAUGGGGGCCGAUAGCUUUGCAGGACAUGGCCAACGCUCAUGACUGUGGUCCGCCCGCCAUGUCUGUCCUCUCGUGUGAGGCCAUAACGGACCAUGUGAGGGAUGGGCUAGACUCGUGCCUUAGCUCCAUCUUCCCCAUGUCAGCUGUUUUAUUGCCGUGAUCUUGAGCAUCAGGAGGCAGUCAAUCUCUGCGCUUCAUUCUGAAAAUUCUCGGCCAUUUCAUGAUUUACCGCUAACACAGAGUUAUUUUGUCCUGAAACUGUCCAUCACUAUUUGUGCCGUUGUCAGUCUGUGUCAUAUUCUUUGAUGUGUCUCAUUUGCACACUUUCACACUGUAUUCUUCGUUUAUCCCUCCCGGGGGGAAGUUUUUCUGCUGUGUUUGACCCAACUUGCAUAUUUAUAAGCUGUGGGCACCCGCAGUGCAGAAAAGGGACCAAAUGCAGGUCUCUGUUAAUGGUAAUAGUAGGACCAAGAAUGGCUCAUGGGUUGUAUUUUUUGCAAUUUAUUAACCUUUUGAUUUAAAACUGUUUUGAAUGCAACUCGACAAAAAAAACAUCUACACACUAAAAGUCUGCGUUAGUGUAAUUUAAUGAGCUUUUACCUGGAUUAGAUUGAAAAAAAUAAAUCAACACUCAUUGAAAAAAGAUAAUUUCUGUGUUUUUUAUUUAUCACUAUUUAUUGUACAAGCCUGAACUGUAUUUGUCAAAAAAGACACAAAAAAUCCCUAAACAACAAACCAAUCAUAACGAUCACCGAACACCUUAUUGAGAUAACUAACCACAAAAUACAGUGUUCAAAUCACACACUCUGAAGUCUCACUAAACGGCACACAUUAGUUGCCUCUUUGUUGUGUUAUUAAAUCGUUCCUUGUCAA